UUAGAACUGUUAAUUCGUAUAGAUGUUCGGAAUUCAUGUUUUGUGGUCCCGUGACUAUGUAAUGGUACAAAAUGAUUUUCAACAAUGGCACAAAAUUAUUAUGCUGAAGAUACUGGACCACGAUGUUUGCCUUUACUGAAAAAAACAUGCAUCUACUUCAGGAGUUUGGGAUCCGAAUUAUUCUCUUUAUUGUAUACAGGUCGACCGAUGACAUGGACGGAUUUCACAGGAAGAUUCAGCCUGAAGAAAUGUGGCUGUAUCGGUUUCCUAAGACAAACGCCUAUUACUCGGUGGACAUGUUACAUUUAACAAUUUAUGGUGUUCCUCUGUUAGUGUUGACUCUAUUUUACUUGAGAUAUCGUGACAGGCAUGAUUGUAUGGAAGCCAGUUUAGGUGUAUCACUUUCCAUAUUUUUGACUGCGUCACUGACUAAUGUUUUUAAACUGUUUGUUGGAAGACCUCGCCCAGAUUUCCUAGCACGAUGUUAUCCUGAUGGAAAAAUACAUGAAGGAAUAAACUGUACUGGCAAUAUAGAUACAGUCAUUGAGGGCUAUAAAAGUUUUCCAAGUGGACACUCAUCAUUUUCAUUUUCCAGUUUAGGAUACAUGGGUUUGUAUGUUGCUGGGAAGCUGCAUGUGUUUAGUGCCAGUGGGCGUGGCAGAACCUGGAGGUUAUGUUCGGUUCUUACACUGUUUGUCUGGCCAAUACUAAUAGCCUUGUCAAGAACUGCAGACUACCAUCACCAUUGGCAAGAUGUGUUGGUUGGAUCGUUACUAGGCAUGACUGUUGCCUUUGUGUGUUACCACCAGUCGUACCCAUCAGUAUAUAGUAUCCAUUCUCAUCUGACCUAUUCUCAACUAGCCACAACAUCCCACAGAGACAUUGAAGCACAUCUACAAGAGUGGCAUAUAGGGAAAGAUGGAAAUGUGAAACACAUGCGAGAAAUUGUUUAGGUGUCUGAAAAUCAAAAACAAAAUCUCUACAUUUUAGUUUACAUUCAAAGUUUUUAACUCGGGGAACAUUUUGUUAUAGAAAUAUUGAUUAGCGACAAAUAGUGACCAGCGGAAUAUUGAGUAGCACGUGCUAUUUAAUGUUUUAGAAUUGUGUAGUGAUAUCUGAAUUUUGAAUAGUAAAACCGAAAAAAAUGUUCCUUGUAACUCUGAAUUUUUCUUUCAUAUGGUUGUGACCAAUUUACGCAAAAUUAGUAUCUAUUGACAUUAGGGGAGGGGGACAUAGCCCAGUCGUAAAGCAAUCACUUGAUGCGCGGUCGGUUUGGGAUCGAUCCCCGUCAGUGGGCAUAUAGCGCUAUUUCUCGUUCCAGCCAGUGUGUCACGACAGAUA